GUCAGCCAAUGGCAGAACAGGAAUGCGACCCUGUCAGCCAAUGGCAGAGCAGCGUGAGCCCAUUCUGGUUUAGGCGAAGCACCGUGGAUCGGAGCGUGUUGGUUCUGAGCUUCACUAAACUCUCAACGUUUUCUUUCAUUUCCAGCAACAUUCGGAGGAAUGAUGGGGGAAAUAGAGGGUUCGUACCGGGUCCUGCAGACCCCGGGCACCAGGCUGGGAGCCCAGUUCAACGCUGGUAUCAGCACCUUGGAGCCGGGCCAAAGCCUCAGCGCCAACAUGCUCGGCCAGAGCAAAAGCCACGGGCGGGGUCUCCAAAUCCGAGUGCAGGGACUGGACGACUCCCAGGAGUUCUUUGACAUAGACCCAAAGUCUCUUGGACAGACCCUCCUCUCUGAGGUUUUCCACAGAGGUAACCUGAUCGAAAGCGAUUACUUUGGCCUGGAGUUUACCAACAUGCAGAUGAACUGGGUUUGGCUGGAACCGACAAAACCCAUCGGAAGGCAGGCCAGAAGACCCGGAAACACGCUGUUUCGACUUUCAGUGAAGUUCUUUCCUCCGGACCCGGGUCAGCUGCAGGAGGAGUACACCAGGUAUUUGUUCUCCCUGCAGAUGAAGAGAGACCUGAAAGAGGGCAGAUUGAUCUGUUCAGAAAAUACCGGAGCUCUUCUGGCCUCACAUCUGGUUCAGUCGGAGAUCGGAGACUAUGACGACGCUGCAGACAGGGAGUUUCUGAGAGCAAACAAGCUGUUGCCUUACCAAGAAAAAGUGGAGGAGAGAAUCAUGGAGCUCCACCGCCGCCACCUUGGUCAGACUCCUGCCGAAUCAGAUUUCCAGAUCCUUGAGAUCGCCCGAAAACUGGAAAUGUACGGCGUCCGCUUCCAUCCAGCGGCUGACCGAGAGGGAACCAAGAUCAACCUGACUGUUGCUCAUAUGGGCCUUCAGGUUUUUCAGGGCAACACAAAAAUAAACACCUUCAACUGGUCCAAGAUCCGGAAACUGAGCUUUAAGAGAAAACGGUUCCUCAUCAAACUCCACCCAGAAGUCCAUGGGCCUCAUCAAGAUAUUCUGGAGUUUAUGAUGGCCAGUCGGGACCAGUGUAAAAACUUUUGGAAGAUCUGUGUGGAGUAUCAUUCGUUCUUCCGUUUGUUCGAUCAGCCGGAGCCCAAAACUAAAGCCAUUCUCUUCACACGAGGUUCCUCCUUCAGAUAUAGUGGAAGGACCCAGAAACAGCUUGUGGAAUAUGUCCGCGAGAAUGGAGCAAAGAAAACCCCUUAUCAGAGGAGGAACAGCAAAGUAAGAAUGUCUGCCCGCUCCUUUACAUCAGAUGUGCCUAAACAGAUCUUGUCAUUCAAUGACACCCUCAGGUCCCCAGGCUGCCUCUCCUCCACCACAGACUCCUUCCUCCCCGCACACAUGACCAGGAUUUUCCAGCAAACAGAGCUGCCACCUCAGCUCCAACAUUUCUCCCCACCCAGCCAGUCUCCAGCACCACCCCAGCAGCAGCAGCCCCCCUUGGGAGCAGCUAGGCCCCCCAGCCCUCCGAAGGAAGACCCAGUCAAGGCCGUUUCCCCGUCUCACUUCUCGUUUCAAGAUUCAGUAAUGGACAAUCCUCAGCUCUCGCCCCUCACCUCCAAGGGUCCCCUCUGCCUGUCGCCUUCCUUCCAGAUGUCAAACCUCAGCCUGCCCAGCCAGGCCCCGUCUCCGCUGCAGAGCCCCAUCCUGAGCGAGGUGGGCGGCGCUGCCAGGCUAGAGGAGGAGGAGGAGGGCAGGAGGAAGCGAUACCCCACCGACAAGGCCUACUUCAUCGCCAAAGAGAUUCUGACCACGGAGAGGACGUACCUGAAGGACCUGGAGGUCAUCACUGUGUGGUUCCGCAGCGCUGUGAUCAAAGAAAACGCCAUGCCUGAGGGCCUGAUGACGCUCCUCUUCUCCAACAUCGACCCCAUCUACGAGUUCCACCGAGGAUUCCUGAAGGAGUUGGACCAGAGGCUGGCUCUCUGGGAGGGGCGGUCGAACGCUCACGUCAAAGGUGACUACCAGAGGAUCGGUGACGUGAUGCUGAAAAACAUGUCCGCUCUGAAGGCGUUCACCAGCUACCUGCAGAAACACGACGAGGUCCUCACAGAGCUGGAGAAAGCCUCCAAGAGGCUGAAGAAGCUGGAGACGGUGUAUAAAGAGUUUGAACUGCAGAAGGUUUGCUACCUGCCCCUCAACACCUUCCUGCUCAAACCCAUCCAGCGCCUCAUGCACUACAAACUCAUCCUGGAGAGGCUAUGCAAGCAUUACUCCGCUGCUCACCGCGACUACGAAGACUGCAGAGAAGCCCUGAAGGAAGUGGCAGAGAUAGCCAACCAGCUGCAGAGCAGUCUCAUUCGACUGGAGAACUUCCAGAAGCUGACGGAGCUGCAGAGAGACCUGAUUGGAAUAGACAACCUGACGGCACCUGGCAGGGAGUUCAUCCGUGAGGGCUGUCUGUACAAGCUGACCAAGAAGGGGCUGCAGCAAAGAAUGUUCUUCCUGUUCUCAGACAUGCUCCUCUACACCAGCAAAGGUGUGACAGCAACCAAUCAGUUCAAAGUGCACGGCCAGCUGCCGCUUCAUGGAAUGAUUCUCAUAGUGCUGGAUGCACCGGUGGAGGAGAGUGAAAACGAGUGGUCAGUCCCGCACUGCUUCACCAUCUACUCCGCUCAGAGGACCAUCGUGGUGGCUGCCAGCUCUAAGGUGGAGAUGGGGAAAUGGAUCGAGGAUCUGAACAUCGCCAUCGACCUGGCUAAGAAGUCUCAGGAGAAAUCCGGCAUCUUCCUCGACACCGGCCUCAGCGAUCACUCCAAUCGAUCAUCCGAUGAGGUUUCUCUGGAGCAGGAGUCAGAGGAUGACAUGAACCUUUCCCACACUUCCCUGGACAAGCAGACGCACCAUCGUGCCAACACAACCAUGCAUGUGUGCUGGCACCGCAACACCAGUGUGUCUAUGUCUGAUCACAGCCUGGCCGUGGAGAACCAGCUGUCAGGCUACCUGCUGAGGAAGUUUAAGAACAGCAACGGCUGGCAGAAACUCUGGGUCGUCUUCACCAACUUCUGCUUGUUCUUCUACAAGACUCACCAGGACGACUUCCCUCUGGCCAGCCUCCCGCUGCUCGGCUACACGGUCAGCACCCCCGACGAGUCGGACAGCAUUCACAAGGAGUACGUCUUCAAGCUGCAGUUCAAGUCGCACGUUUACUUCUUCAGAGCGGAGAGCGAGUACACCUUUGAGAGAUGGAUGGAGGUGAUGAAGAGUGCAGCGAGCGCCGCGGGCCGGAUGAGCCUGCUCAUACCCAAGGCUGCUCCUGUGGAGAUGAAUGGAAAGUAAAUGAAGCAUUAUGGAAGCAGAGGCUGGGCCUCUGGGAAAUCACUUUGUUAUUUUUAAGUUCAGUUCUGAAGAUUAACAAGUGGAGACUGAAUGGUACUGCCAGAUUAAGUGUUAUUUUCAUCUUCUUUCUAACAUGUGUGC